GAGAGAGACGAGAGAUAGGAAGGGUGGACGAAGCUGGUAACGUAACAGGAUGGUGGCUGCCAUAGGUAUAUAGAUGUACUCUUAAGGUGAGGGUUAGAGAGCGAAGGGGGAUUGUGUAAGAUGGUCUCGAAGGGAUGAGGAUUGGUAAAAUGAUGGGAAGGGAUAGAAGGAGAAAAGGAAAAGAGGAGAAAGAGGAGUAGGUUUGAGAUUGUGGUCUGAGGUUCUCGUAAGCUUCUAGAAACUCGUAUUGCCUCCUUUCUCCCCCUCCUCCCCCUCCCCCGCCGCGCCAGCCGCGCAUGUCGUGAAAAUCCACACGCACAUUAUAUAUACAUAUGUAUAAACAAAUACAAAUGGAAAUACGUAAGAUAUACGUUCGUAUACGGAUACAUACGUAUACUAAGUUACGUAGGUACGUACACAGUUGUUAAAAGGUCGGUAUCGUGAGCAAAACGAAGAAACCGACCGUCAACGAAGAUAACCGUAUACACCCGAGGACCGAUUCACCGCGAAACUUGAUUCGACUCGAGCGCGAGCAGCCGGUCAGUCUCUCGCUGACGCUCGGUGCGACGAGUACUGAUCGGUUUGGUUAUGGACAGGAGGUUUCGUGUGUGCACAUAGAUCAUUAUUAAAUUCUACAUAUUAUAAAUAAAAAAAGGGAGAUUAAUAAACAUAAAGAGUUCUGCGAGGACAGUUAAUUCGACCUUCUCCUCCUUCGAGGAGAGGGCGGAGGGCGAUAAGUCCUCCGCCUUGAUAGGUCUCUACCCUCUUCAUCUUUCUUUCUCUCUUUCUUUCUUUCAUUCUUUCUUUCUUUCUUUCUUUCUUUCUUUCUUUCUUUCUCUUUAUUAUCAUUAUAAAGUAAAAUAUUUUUUCCGGGAGGUUCGUUCUUCGGAGAAAAAUUUCGAUUAACGUCAAAAAUGAAGUUCGUUCGAGGUAUCCUUCGACGGGCAUGGAAAGUAACACCGAGCCACGUGGAGCAGCGAAACCUCGUGUUCUCCACACGACUGCUUUUUAUCCUUCUUCUCGUAACUGGUUGUAACGCCUCAUACGAGAUGCAAGGACCGAGUUUUGUGUCGGAACCACCAUCUCGCGUCGAGUUCACUAAUGUGAACGGUGGUAGAGUGGACUGCACUGUCAGAGGGAAUCCAGCACCUACUGUGGAUUGGUUGGCCGCGGAUGGAGGCAGUAUAACGAACAUACCAGGCAUCCGACACGUCCUUGGGAAUGGGACGAUUCACUUUCCGGGAUUCGAGGCCGAAGCUUUCCGACAGGACGUCCAUUGGGCCAUUUAUAAGUGCUCAGCCGCGAACAGCGUCGGCGCCGUCGUCAGCAGAGACGUCACUGUCAGAGCAGUGGUGAACCAACCUUACGACCCCGAAGUCCAAAGUCCUGGCGGUUUUCUCGGCAACAAUGUACUUAUGCGUUGUAACGUGCCCAGUUUUGUACGAGAUCACGUCACUGUAACAUCGUGGUUUCAAGAACCAGCUUUCAAUAUUUAUCCUACUCCGAUGAGUGACGGUAAAUAUCACAUGCUUCCGAGUGGUGAACUGAUGAUAAUCAAUAUUACCCGGACGGAUGCACAGAUGACUUAUCGUUGUAGAACGCAUCAUCGAUUGACCCAAGAAACAGUCGUCAGUAGCAAUGCUGGACGGCCUCAAUUGACUGAACUUCGAGGUUCCAUGCCACCUAUAAUAAACGAGAAGCUGGUUUACAAGUCAGUUAGAUUGAAAGACACCGUUGUGAUACCUUGUGUGGCAUAUGCCAAUCCAACUCCGACUAACAGGUGGUACUACAACAGAAAUCAAAGAGAGGAACCGAUCGAAGAUAUUUCCGGGCAUUAUAUAGUCCGAGAUGGUUCCUUGAUUAUACAGGGUGUCCAAGAGAAUGACGCCGGAUCAUACAUGUGCAUCGCCAGUAACUCCGAAGGGACUGAGACUUUAGAAGUCAGGUUGACUGUUUCCGCCCCGUUAAGUGUUCUCGUACAGCCUGCUAUUCAAACGGUCGAUCUUGGGAAGCCUGCUCAUUUGACGUGCAGCGCAAGUGGAUUUCCGCAGGCGGCACUCUACUGGUUGAAGGACGGUCAGCCAUUGAGAAUGGCUGGUCGCGUGAGCACAGUUUCGAGGGAACGUAUCUCCGUGACGUCGGUUGCACGCGAAGAUCGAGGCAUGUACCAGUGCUUCGUCAGGAACGAGUAUGAAAUGGCCCAAGGAAUUGCAGAAUUGCGGUUGGGUGAGAUCGCACCACAGCUGGUCUACAGGUUUAUCGAACAGACAAUGCAGCCUGGACCAUCGGUUUCUCUGAAAUGCAGCGCCGCAGGUAAUCCCACGCCGCAAAUUUCCUGGCUGCUAGAUGGAUUUCCGCUUCCACAAAACGACAGGCUUCUGAUUGGCCAAUACGUGACCGUGUACGGAGACGUAAUAUCCCACGUUAACAUCACAUCGGUUAAACCGGAGGACGGCGGGGAAUACGAGUGUACUGCCAGUAGUAGAGCUGGAGAUUCGAAACACUCAGCAAGACUGAAUAUUUACGGACUGCCAUAUGUCAGACCCAUGUCGACCGUCUCAGCGGUCGCUGGGAAGCAACUAUAUAUCAAAUGCCCUGUAGCUGGAUAUCCCAUCGAAUCGAUAAUAUGGGAAAAGGGCAACGUAAGACUGCCAACUAAUAUGAGACAAAGGGUAGCGAAUGGUACAUUAUUCAUCGAUACCGUACAACGUGCCGCUGAUCAAGGCACAUACACCUGCACUGCCAGAAAUAAACAUAAUUUUACUUCUCAACGAUCCGUCGAAGUUCGUGUUUUAGUGCCACCUAAAAUCACGCCUUUCAGUUUUGCUCGCGAUUUAAACGUAGGCGACCGUACUAGCAUACAGUGCGUUGUCGCUACUGGUGACCUCCCAUUAACAUUCACGUGGCUGAAAGAUAACGUCCCGAUAGAGACGAUCAGAACGACGUCACGGGAGGCGUCGUCGAACCGUGCUAACGGAGACAGCAUUGGUUCGUUAACUAACAAGUCUCUUAAGAAUGGCUCCGGUUCCAAGAAAGGUACUGCCGCCGCCGCCGCCGCCUUAGCAGCAGCAGCAGCAGCAGCAGCCGCGGCCCACGACCCGAGAAAGGCGAUAAUCAUCCGGCAAAAUGACGCUUUUAUCAGCGCCCUGAGCAUUAGCACGAUCGCACCCGCGCACAAUGGCACGUACACCUGUCGCGUGACCAAUGGCGCGGCCACCGUCGCUCAUUCUGCACUCCUUCACGUCAACGUACCACCGAGAUGGACCGUGGAACCUAUCGACCAGGACGCCGUUGUAGGUCACGGCGUCUCCAUUGCCUGUCAGGCUGAAGGAUUCCCCAUUCCGACUGUGACUUGGAAGCAAUCUAUCGGUGAAACACCAGGCGACUAUAGGGAGCUAGGAUAUAGCGGUACGGAGGGAGCAGGGGUUGCCGGAAAUGGGUCCUUGGUGAUUCCACGAGUAUCAAGAGAUCAUGCCGGCUCCUAUCUAUGUCAAGCGAGCAACGGUAUCGGACCUGGGCUCAGCAAGCUCAUUCGCCUAACAGUUCAUGCGGGUCCUCAGGUGACAGUAAGGACAAGGCAGGAGUCGGUGAGAAGAGGAGAUAGCGUAACGCUACGAUGCGAGGCUGAAGGAGACGCUCCUCUUGAUCUGAGCUGGCGUGUGCGUGACAGCAGGGUCGAUCCUAAUUACGACGUUAGAUACAACAUAGAAAAGAACGUAGUAGCCGGUCGCGUUCUUUCAGAAUUGAGAAUCAUGCAGGUAAGCCACAUGGACCGUGGCGAUUAUAUUUGCGUUGCCGGCAAUGCCUAUGGUCACGCUCGUGCCACCAUUCACUUGCUUGUCCAAGAACCACCAAACUUUCCAAGGAAUUUGCAUGUGGCCGAACAAGGAAGCCGUUCGAUCCUGUUAGCAUGGUCGUCACCUCAAAGCGAUCAAGAUGCGAGUCAUGCGAGUUCACCUAUCACCAAUUAUAUCGUCCAAUACAAAGAGGCUCAGGACGUGUGGCAUGAACACAACACGCAGAAGCUGGUAGCAGGAGACAACACGGUCGCUCUGGUAUCACCCCUAAAACCCGCUACCACCUACCACUUUCGAGUGCUUGCGGAAAAUCACCUUGGAACAUCAGCGCCAAGCGACAUCCUUCAUGCACAAACGGACGGUGAGGUUCCAGGAGGCCCACCUAAGCACGUAUCUGUCGAACCAUUGGGACCGCAACAACUGAAGAUUACUUGGCAACCACCGGAUCGAUCUCUCUGGAACGGCGAGCUUCUCGGAUAUACCAUCAGCUAUACCAAUCUCGGGGUAGAUGAUCAAUCGGUGAAUACAACGCGUGUGGGUAUCACAGGAAACGGCGACGGUUCCUACGAUUACAGACUAACCGGUUUACGAAAAUACACUCAGUAUAGUAUAGUGGUGAAGGCGUUCAAUAGCAAAGGAGAUGGCCCUGGUUCUGAUUUAGUCAUGGCACAAACCUUUGAAGAUGUUCCAAGCGCGCCACCGCAGAACGUGGCCUGCACCGCUUUGACCGGGCAGAACAUUCAGGUGACCUGGAAACCACCACCUUCCGACAAAGUUCACGGGGUCGUGCAAGGAUACAAGCUCCUGUACGAAGCAGCCAGCGGCGUCGCCUCCGAAUCACAAACCGGUCGAGAAACGAAAAUCAGUCAUGCACUUAGCACUGUAUUACAUGGUCUAAGUCCUUACACGAACUAUACCGUUCAGGUCUUGGCAUAUACCAAAGCUGGGGAAGGUGUCAGCAGCAGUCCUGCCUCUUGCACUACCGAGGAAACUGCUCCGGAUGCACCAGAACGUGUUAAGGCUGUAGCAAGUGGCGAAGAUUCAGUAGUAAUAUCUUGGCUACCACCUCGUCGACCGAACGGAGUUCUCACCAAAUACACCGUUUUUAUUCGAGUUUUGGACCAGGGCCAGGAAGUAAAGAUCAGUAAGAGUCCGUUGCCUGCGCAGAACUUGCAUCAUGAGGUGACCGGUUUGAAGUUACGCGAGUCCUAUGAAGCUUGGGUCGCGGCCUCGACUAAAAUAGGCCAGGGUACUGGUACUCUGGCCAUCAAACUUCAACCAAGCACUACUGUUCCAGCUGCAAUAAUAUCAUUUGGUAUUCCUAUCGUGGUACCAUGGAGAGUCGACGUUAAUAUGGCUUGCCUUUCGGUUGGAAAUCCACGACCUACAGUCGAGUGGAGACGAGCUGAUGUGAAGUUGCAUCAGAACUAUGAUUUAGGUCCGGAUAAUACUCUUACUCUGAGGAGCGUUCAAAGGAGUCACGAGGGCAAUUAUUCCUGCCACGUGAAGAACUCUCUUGGGUCUGACGAGAUCACUUACACAUUGCAAGUGCAAGUUCCGCCGACUCCGCCAACGCUUCUGGCAACCGGCACAACGACCGACGCCGUUCAGUUACAAUGGAAACAGGGAGACAACGGUGGUGCACCCAUUAAAGGAUUUCUCUUGGCUUAUCGUCGUGAGUUCGCCGAGUGGGAGGAAGUGCUUCUCGACCGCAGAGCCAGUACACAUCUUCUCGAGGGUUUGCAAUGUGGUACCAGGUAUCAGUUCACUCUUGCUGCCUUCAAUAAAAUAGGCAGCGGUAGUGCUAGCAAAAUCGAAACUGCUAAGACAAAUGGCUCAAAACCUAUACCACCUUCCAAGCAUCAUCUUGUCAAGACCAAUCAGACAUUUAUCAACUUAGAAUUAGCAUCAUGGCAGGACGGAGGUUGUCCGCUUCUUUAUUUUGUUGUUGAAUAUAGAAGGCCACCUGGAGAUUGGUUAUUAGUGUCCAAUAAUGUUCCACCCCAAUUGAGAUACACCGUAACAGAUCUAGAAAGCGGAACGAACUACGAGCUACGUGUGACAGCUUACAACAAUGCCGGAUCCACCCAGGCCGAGUACUUGUUCACUACCCUGUCACAGAGUGGCAACAUCCGGCUGCACGAGGACCAACCCCAGGAAGCUGAAAAUACGCCCCUAUAUCUUGACGCUCACGUAUUGGCACCGAGCGUCAUUUCGGUUCUCGCUGUAAUCCUAGCUGUUGGUGGUGUUUGUUUCUGUUUAAAAACUCAUCCAGAAAGAUCAGGAGUCGUGAACGAUCCAAAUUCACAAACGCAGGUGGCUCUGGACAAUAAACAAAAUACCGAACAAAGGGAACAGUAUUAUGCGACUGUAAGGAAACCGGGACAACAAUCACCACCCUGUCGUGAGGUGAGCGCCCUGAAACGAAUACCAGAAUAUCCUGAAGACAUUUAUCCGUACGCGACCUUCAAUGUGCCCGAGCAGGAAAAUCCAACGCGACAGGCAUUCUUCUACGAACGCAGCGAGACGAUGCUUCAGGGCGCUCAAAACAAAAGAUUUCAAUGCGACGUGGAUCAAUACACAAAAGUACGUGGUAGGGCACGUCGCAAAUCAAAAUCGUUCAAGUCAGAAUCCGAAGAAUAUGACACUUUGGGUUCAGACAGCGAUACCGAAGUUGGUACCAGUAGCCGAACUGAAUCAUCCAAUCAUCUAGACGAUUCCGGGCCAACAUCAUUAAUGGCCAGAUCACCAGGACCAAACUCCGUCGGUCAGAGGGAACAACGACUAGCUUUGGUCCCGGUUCAUCAUAAUGUGCUGUACAUUUCGAGUACAUCAACGGAGCCGUCACCAAUUUCUGAGAGGAAGACCUUUCCCAGGCUCGAGAAACAAAGCCGAGGAGCAACACCGGACAUCGCGAUCGAUGGACGUAUAUCAGGGAUGCUGCGAGCCGUGAAACUCUCGGAAUCAGGAAUGCAUCCUUACUCGAGAGGCACGUCACCGAGUCACCCGAAUCGUCAAGGUUCCUGCGACCGAUUAGGGAAGGAACAGAAUUCGAGGAAAUCGGUGGAAUCUCUUUGUCUUCUCGAGGAACCUGGUUCCUCGAGAAUGAGCAGGAGAGACGAGGAUUGGGGCAGCGAGCUGUCAACAUUGGAAUUGAAACCACCGACGGGCUUCACGGAUGCUCACGAGACCAGCGAGGCCGAGUGCGACAUAGACAUGAAGCUAAGGCUUCACAGGAAAAGAAACGCUCUCGCUUCUAACAGCUCGCUGUCUAAAUCGCCAAAGGACUUUACUAUUACCGUCUAAGUGUUAAUCAAAUAUCAAACUACAAUCGAAAAAAAAAGGAAGAAGAAGAAGAAGAAGAAAAGAGAGAGAGAGAGAGAGAGAGAGAGAGAGAGAGAGAGAGAGAGAAAACCGAACAAAAGGAUUAAAAGGGGGAUUACGGAAAUUUCGAAAGAGAAGAAAAGAAGGAAAAAAUUCAAAACAAAAAAAAAAAGAUUAAAAGGAAAAAACGACAAAAAAAAUAUAUAAAAAAAAGAAAAAUAAAAAAUAAAAAAGCAUUAAUAAUUAAUAAAGAAACAUGCAAAUAAAGGAAAACGAAAACCGAGCAUGAUUGAGUGUUAUUUCAAAAUGGUAUUUCUUCGUUUCGAAAUACUUUCGUCGAUUAAAUAUGUUCCGCCAAAGCCGCUUCGCUAACGAAGAAUUUCAGAUUGACUGUCUUUACGAACGACUGCUACGUCAACGAUCCCAUUUACAAUAAAGACGUAUUUUUGUAGAAAAAUGCGAUCGAGUGCUAUGCUUUUUUACUCUUUUUUCUAACUACCUCUUCCUCUUCUUCUUCCUACAUUAUACGUAUACGUAUAUUUAGAAUUUUUAAGAUCAAAAAAGAAAAAAAAAAGAAAAAAAAAAAGUCAGAAAAGCAAAUUCAAUUUUUAACACAAAUGUAAAUCUUUUUUUCCCCGAUCUAAUCGCAAUUUGAAUGAUUUUUUUCGAUUAUGAGAAAUGAUAGCCAUAUAUAAACGGCAACGUGCAUGCCAUUUAGUAGCUGCGGUUAUAAAUGAAACGUCAAUCAACUUAAUUGCGAAGCUUAUCAACAACGCGUCAAUCAAACUACCACGAGACAGAAAUUCAAUUUUCGAACGAGUCUCCGAGAGAAGGAAACAAGGAAAGAGAUAGACAGACAGACAGAGAGAGAGAGAGAGAGAGAGAGAGAGAGAGAGAGAGAGAAAGAGAGAGAGAGAGAAAGAGAGAGAGAUAGGAAACUAUAGUCAUCUCGUAUCGACGGUUGAUAAAUAAGAUUCGUAUCAAGUAGCUCGUUAUCAUCGUCGUCGUCGUUGUCGUUGUCGUUGUCGUUGUCGUCCUAUUCCAAGUUGAGAGAGAGAGAGAGAGAGAGAGAGAAAGAGAGAGAGAGAGAACGCGAUAAUUAAAAAUUUUAAUAAAAAAUGUAGUAAUCGUUCUGUGAUUCCUAUUACAUUUAUUUUUUCAUCCGUCAUUUGUUAAAUCACAAUGAGUGCAAGUACACAUUACAAAUUUUGUGCUUUUCGUAUUUUCGUUACAUAUUGCAUUAGGCGUACGAUUAAACGUGAUUUUCUCGAGUUAUUGAAAAACCUUUGUUAUUAUAAAAUAAUUACGCACGCGAACGAUGAUAUUAUAGCCAUUCUAACAGACUUUUCGCUCCUAUACAAAUUAUCUUCUCCUUCGGUUUUUAUAAAUUGUUGAUCCAUAAUUUUUCUGGACGAUCCGAGAGGAGUAACACUGUAUUCAUCGAUUUUCUUUUUCUCUGGAUUAAUUUUUAUAAAUAUUUCAUUUGAUACGAAGUUUACGUAAAUACGUAAGUAUGAUUACGAUGUUAAUUUAAUUUAUGUAUUUAUACUAUAAAGAUAUUUAUAGCACAAUAUCUCAGAGGAGUAUCGUUGAGCUCGUUCUCUUUCGAUCGAUCUAAAGCUGCGCAAAACUUAAUCGAAAUAUAAUAUUAACGAAGUUGAAAAAAGAAAAAAAAAAUAAAUAAAUAAAUAAAUGACAAUUUCUUUGAAAAUUUUUAAUAUAAAGAUAAGCAUUAUCUUCUUUCUCAUUAAUUGACAUUAAUGCACUUACCUGUUAAAAUCUUGUAUCAAGAUGAAAAUUAAUUAAUUAAUUUUCUAAAAAAAUUUUCUUUUCUCUUUUCCUUUGUUUUUUAUUUUUUAUUAUUUUUUUCUGUUUCUAAAAAGCCAGAGAAUCCGCAUUCAAUCGCGUUCUAAAUUUUUAGAUUAUUUAUAACAAAUUAACGAAGGAUAGAGAGACAGAGAGAGAGAGAGAGAGAGAAUCGAAGGGAAGAUUAAAAAAAAAAGAAGGAAAAUAGAUUUUUAAAAUAUUAAAAAAACAAAAAAAAAAGAAAAAAUAAAAAAAUAGCAAAAUUACAUUUUUCCAUCAAUCGAUCCAACUGUGUUUCCCGAUGUAAAAGUAAAUAAUAAUUAACAUUUGAAAAUUUCGGCCAGCACGUGUUCGUAAUUCAGAUCACUCGACAACGUUCGAUUCGAGACGACAUACAAUCUUUAUUUUUUCCUUUCUCGUAGACAUUAUUAGUAAUCAUUUUGUACAAAUAGAAGUGUGGCACGAUAGCGUGCUUUUAUGCGAUAUCAUAAUUCAGCUUUCUCCCUUUCAUUUUUCAUAUCUAUUGAUUUUCUUUCGCUUUUCUUUCUUAUCUCCUUUUAUUCUUUCGUUUUUGUUUUUGUUCUUUUUUUUGCUUCUUUUUGUUUUCUUAUUUUUUUUUUCUUUUUUUUUUUUUUUUUUAUUUUCUUUAACAUGAGAAAUUAAAUCCCCAUAGCAAUUAUAUGUGUGUGUGUGUGUGUAUAUAUACACGGUGUUUCUAAAAUAGCUUUAUCAAACUUCAGCAACACAUAUAACGUUGACGUCAGGCAUAUAAAUAAAUUAAGAAAUAUUAUGCAAAAAGUAAAUCGUCGAAAGAAUUAUGAUAAUCGUUGUUUAAUUUAUUGUUUACUGAGCAAUUGAUUGAUUUAGUUUCAACUUAAAUAAGAAAAAAAAAAGAAAAAAAAAAGAAAAAUAAAAAAAAAAGAAAAGAAAAGAAAGAACGUGUUCGAAGAUUGAUUAGGAAAUUAUCAUGGUAACACCUUAUAUAUAUAUAUAUAUAUUCCUUUUUUAUGAUUAUCGCUGAAACCGAGCAAUAAGCAUCCUUCGUCUAUCUUAGCGAAAAAUCUCUUUUUGCUUUUUUUUUGUUUUUUUUUUUCUUUUUUUCUUAUUCUUUUACUCCUGUAAAUUUCUUUCCUUUAGCAUUAGAAAGGCAGUGAGAAACAACGGUACAUAAGUAUAUAGAAAGAAGGAAUUUGUUAUUGUAAUUCCCGAGAAUCACAAUCUUUGAUCGUCUUUUAUAUAUAUCUUAUGUAUUAUGUAUAUAACGACAGAAAUGGCUGCUCAUUGUUGUCACGUAUUAUUGACGUGUUUGAUAAGAAAAAAUCAUUGACAUUGUCCAAAGAUCCAAAAUGGAAUAUGUAAGUGUGUAUGUUUGUGUAUGAGUAUAGAAAGAGAAAGAGAGAGAGAGAGAGAGAGAGAGAGAGAGAGAGAGAGAGAGAGAGAGAGAGAGAGAGAGAGAGAGAGAGAGAGAGAAAGAAUGAAAAUUAGAAAUAGAUUCAUUUCGUAAGAUCGUCGAUCGAUGUCGAAAUUCUUCGCUAUUUUCGAAGAACGAAAGUUUUUCUUCUGUUUAAAUUAUCGGAUAAGAUUUUCUUAGUACCUGGAAACAUCGUCUUGAAUACGCAUAAUAUUUAAAUUAAUCGAUUAUCAUCGUGUAGGCCUGCAUAAAGAAAUUGCAUAUCUCUGAAUGCAUUCAUUUUCUACGUAAGAUAAUCUUGAUUGGUUAUACUAAAUAAUGUAAAUAAAAGAAAGAAUAAAAAUAAAUAAAAAAGCAAACAAUGAAAUAGAAAAAUCGUAUGAAUGAAUGGAUGAAUGUAUCGAAUUUGUUUAAAGAUUUGUCCUGAAAAUUGUAAUAUAAUCUAUCGGAAGAAAGGUUGUGAGGUAGAUCAGAAAAUGAAAAAAAAAAAAAAAAAAAAAAAAAAGAAAAAGAAGAAAAAGAAAAGAAGAAAAAUAGAUAUAGAGAAUGUGAAUAUUGGGAUAAACAAUAAAACGUUUGAGAUACUUACAAAAAGAUUUACAUGUAUUAAUUACGCAUCGCUACUUAACGGAAUAGUCACAGCACGUGCAUGUGCAAAUUUUAUAAGGAUUUUCAAUCUGGUGUGGGGACUUUUA